AUGCGUUCCAAGUUCAAGGACGAGCACCCGUUCGAGAAGCGCAAGGCCGAGGCCGAGCGCAUUCGCCAGAAGUACAACGACCGCAUUCCCGUUAUCUGCGAGAAGGUCGAGAAGUCGGACAUCGCGACCAUCGACAAGAAGAAGUACCUGGUACCCGCCGACCUGACCGUCGGACAGUUCGUCUACGUGAUCCGUAAGCGCAUCAAGCUGUCGCCUGAGAAGGCCAUCUUCAUCUUCGUUGAUGAGGUCCUGCCCCCUACCGCCGCUCUCAUGAGUUCGAUAUACGAGGAGCACAAGGAUGAGGAUGGCUUCUUGUACAUUACGUACUCAGGCGAGAACACGUUCGGCGAGGCCAUCUAG